AUGGCUAAGAAGAAAGGCAGAAAGAAUAAUACAAACUCUGCAGCAAGAAAGGCCGGUAAGGAAGCCACUGGAAUGACUGCUGACAAGAACUCGGGCGAUGUUGCAGCCGAAGUGGACGAGACAUCAAACCAGGUAAGCCACACCUUGCAAGCUGGCAUUGAGCGAGUUGCCAAAUCAGUGGAUCUCGAGGAGGAUACUACCAAGAUUGCUCUAUCACACGAUUUGCAAGCGCAUUCUUCAGAAGCAGCUAAAGGGGCCGAAGUUGUAACAGAAACAGCAGCUUCAGAGGCCACCGAAAAGAUGGAAGAGGUUUCAUCGGCUAGAAAAUCUUUAGAGAUCGAUUCUGUGACCAGACAUGAACAGAAAGAAGAGCUGAUCAACGCUGCGCCGGAACCUAUCAAAGAUGCUGAGGAUGCUGAAGGCGUCGACGCUGCCGAAGAAGCAAGUACGGGAACAACCAAAUUAAUCGAGCAAGACACUCAUGACGGUCCAAACAAGGAUGAUGAAACGCGUAAAGAAGCCUUAGUCAGCCCCACAAAUAACGUUGCGCCAGAAACACCAGUUCCUGGGACUCCGGAAGAGAAGCCCGUUGAGGAAGGCCAUGAGGCCCUCAAGCAAAAGACCGCUGAAAUCGAACAUGAUAUCCUAUCGUUUAAUACUCCGCCAUUACCUCCUCGUGCUCAUGGUCCGUCAACUGAGGCAUCGCAAACGCCAUCCGUGCUGUUACCGCCGCAAAGCCCAUCUGCUACUCAGUCACCUCUUUCGCCUCCAUUGCCUCCAAGACAUGCGAGAAAACACGCUGUGCCGCCUCCUCUGCAUGAAGAGCUGAAAUCUGAAGAGUUCAGAAGAAAUAUGACUGGGACAAGCGAGCCACCUCCAAUGCCUCCUCGAGGCAAUAGGAAUAAAAGAUUGGAUUCUGCGGCCGACGUCAAUCUGGUCGUUAACAGAUACUGCCAGACGAGCCAUCAUUACCAAAGACAGGAUGAGCAUUCAAGAGAGGGCCUUGAAAGAGGAAAGGACAUGCUUAAAACGUCAUACUCGGUUUUCUUGGAUAGUUUGCCCAAGACUGUAAAGCCCACGACUUCUGUUGAGCCUAGUGAAGAGACAACACUUGGAGAUGAACUCCAUCAACUAGACGAGGAUGAAAGAGCAUUGAUAGAGGUCGACUGGGGUUACUGGACACAAGUGGUCAAUGAUUUUGCCUCAGUUGCGAGCGAUCCCGAUAAGUUUGAGCAGAAAAUUGCCGGUGGUAUUCCUCCACAAAUUCGUGGUAUUAUCUGGCAACUAAUAGCCAAUUCCAAGUCCACUGAGUUCGAAGACAUAUUUGUGACAUUAUUAAACACACAAUCACCCCACGAAGCAAGCAUUCGUAAGGAUUUGAAGCGUACCAAAUUCAUCCCAGCGGAUAAAGUUGAAAGCCUUUUCAACGUCAUGAAAGUCUAUUCAGUCUACGAUCCAGACGUUGGUUACACACAAGGGAUGGCUUUCAUUACCACACCGUUGAUAUUGAAUUGCGAGACGGAGGCGGAAUCUUUCGGUCUUUUAAUAAGACUGAUGAAGAGUUACGGGCUUAGAGAGCUUUUCUUACCCGAAAUGCCUGGAUUAAUGCUUCUGCUAUAUCAAUUUGAUAGAUUAUUCGAGGAAAAUUCUCCACAACUUUACAACCACCUCACUAGACAAGGUAUUCGUUCUUCAAUGUACGCAACCCAGUGGUUUUUAACCUUUUUCGCGUACAAAUUUCCCUUAGCCUUUGUUCUGAGGAUAUACGAUAUUGUAUUUGCAGAGGGGAUUGAAUCUAUCCUGCGGAUUGCUGUCAAUUUGAUGGUUAAGAAUGCUAAACAACUGCUUGCGCUGAAGUUCGAUAAACUUUUGGACUUUUUAAAGAACGAACUCUUCGCUUACUAUCUGAAAGGAUCUGUCAGAGAUAGAUCAUGUUCGGAGCAAGAGGAGCAAGAGGAGCAAGAGGAGCAAGAGGAGCAAGAUGGUGAGAAAAGUGAGGCAUCCUCAGUCAUCAAGAGGAAUUUGACCACCGCCGGCACAGAUCAAUCGGUAGCCCUCAACGGUGAUGCUUACGAUAUCAAUGCCUUUGUACACGAUGCAAUGAAUGAUGUUCAUGUCACACCAAUCUCCCUAAAAAGGUAUGCAGCGGAGUAUGAAGAAAUUCAUCAGAUUGAACAACAGAAGGAAGCCCAGUUCGAAUCAAUUAGAAUCAAGAAUAAGCAACUGCAGCGCGAGGUGCGCAAAUUGGAGCACGAUUACGCUUUGCUCAAUCGAGAGCAUAUCGAAAUAGCUAAUGAAUUGAUAAAAAACAGGCUGAGGAUAGAAACGCUGCUCGACGAAAAUAAUGAUCAAAGGCUUAUGAUUCUGGAUCUGAAAAGGCAAUUGCAGGAGGAAAUAAGGAAACAGCAAUUGCCGAAUCCAGAUGCAUCUAUUCCAAGUGACUUGCGUGAAGAUCUCGAUAGGACAAUCAAGAGAAACGCUGAAGUCAUGAGCUCCAAUUUGAAGCUUCAGGAUAAAAUAAACGAGCAAGAGAAAAUUAUCGAAGCUCUUAGAGCGGGAAACAGAGCUCCAUCCCCAGGUUCGGUACCUUUCAAGCAGCCAUUAGCAGGCGCCUUUUCCAAAUUGUUCAAGAAUGACAACAGCUAA